AUGGCUUCAAACACGCCCAAGACGCCAUCUUCUGGCGCCUCACCUGGGAGCCUUCAUCGGGCUACUAACCCCGCAGCUACCGGGCGGCAAGCAGGCCACGCAACAAUUCCCCAUGACAGACCCGUGGCCCUAAUGACUUCUGGCGCUCCUCUGCUAAAUCCACGCAGUUGCGUUACUUGUCGGAGACGCAGAGUCCGAUGUGACAAGACGAUGCCCUGCAGCAAUUGUCGACGGGCUCAAUGCGAUUGCAUCUACCCUGCUCCAGGCCGCGCACCACGUCAGACGCGGCUUGCGCCUACAGGGCCUGGCACUGGGCAGAGUGAGCGUGAAAUGGAUCUCUUGGAUCGAUUGCGGAAGCUCGAGGGGCUUGUCUAUGAGAUGAGUGGUCAAGGUACAGCUAGUGAGAAUGACAUGGAAGUGAGCAAUGGAGAAUCACCAGUGGCUUCAGAGAAGAGCAAGAGUGCAAAAGACGUCGUUCAAGCAGCCACUGAGAAGGUCAAGAGAGAGUCUGAGAAUACCGAUUUCUCAAAGAUCAACAAACAGCUUGGCCGUUUAGUACUCCAUGAUGGAGACUCCACGCCACGAUACGUCAAUAGUGGCUUCUUCGUGAAGCUCAACGAUGAGCUCGCUGAAAUUCGCAACGAGAUGGAGACUAUGAACGAAGAAGAAGCCGAGUUUGAAGAGGAUACAACCCCUGAGCAGUCUCCUCCACAAAACUUGGGUAUUGAGCAUGACCACCACAGCUUCCUUUUUGGCUACAGUUCUGCCGAUGUUGAUCUCACUGGCCUACAUCCAUUGCCCGCCCAGGGCUCUUUCCUUUGGCAGAUCUAUCUCGAGAAUAUUGAACCUCUUGUCAAGGUGUUGCACAUCCCCACCAUGAGCAGACUCAUGACUCAAGUGAGGCGCGGAGAGCAUGAUCUGCGUCCUGGGGAUGAAGCGCUUGUGUUUGCCAUUUAUUACUCGGCUGUUACUUCGAUGGAGACACAAGAGGUUGAAUUAAAUCUCGGCGCGUCUCAAUCUCACUUCAUUUCUCAAUUUCGCUUCGCUCUUGAACAAGCUCUAGCCAAGGCUAACCUUCUCAACACCACCAACAUGGCUAUGCUGCAAGCAUUUGUCAUCUAUCUCACCGUAGUCAAAUGCCAUGACGAUAGCAAAUUCGCUUGGACUCUUACAAGUCUUUGUGUCCGAAUGGCUCAAGCCCUUGGUCUCUACCGCGACGGUCAACAGCUUGGUCUGUCACCGUUCGAAGUUGAGAUGCGCCGCCGUCUUUGGUGGGCCAUUGUGUCUCUUGACGUCCGUUCCGCUGAGGAGAUGGGGUCUGAUCUGAUCAUAGGCGACAAGACCUUUGACACUCAACUCCCAUCCAACAUAAAUGACGCCGAUAUCGACCCAUCUUUUACCGAGACGCCAACUCCACGUCAAGGUCGUACGGACUCCGCCAUUUGCCUCUCCCGUUACGAGAUCACCGCCCUAUCUCGGGGUUUGUUCGCGGCCAUAGCGCAAAUGCGUCCUGUUGAUCCCAAAGAGGUCGAAAAAAGCCUCGAAGAGCGCGAGCGCAUGCUUGUCGAAGUCUACGAACGCAUGGAGGAUAAGUUUCUGAAACAUCUUAUAAGAGAAGAUGAUCCUAUUUUUUGGGUUGCUUCUCUCAUUUCUAGAAUCAUGAUGGCAAAGGUUGGCCUCAUCAUUUAUCAGCCCGUGCUCUUCCCCGGAACGGGCCCGGAGGUAUCAUACGAGAUCCGAAGCCGGCUGUGGCAGUCUUGUAUUGAAAUCGUUGAGUACAGCCACAUUCUCAAUAUUGACCCCAGCUGCCGCCAGUGGCGUUGGUUGUUCAAAUCUUACCGUCAAUGGCACGCGAUUGCAUGUAUGCUGCUGGAACUUUCGAAACGGCCUUGGGGUGUCACCUCGGAGCGAGCGUGGGAAGCUGCCCAAAUUCUCGACUACGACCAUCCAAUCGAUGGCAGUAAUAAGACAAACCAUACGGCUGCAUGGAUGCCUAUUAAAAGGCUUUUCACAAAGGCUAAACGGCAUCGUGAAUCAGAGCUUGUUCGUUUACGCGCUGAUCCUGAGGCAGCGAGACGUCUCGAUCGUGAGGAGAGACUCAAACCUGUACUGGAACGUAUUGGCCCAGCGCCCGGAAUGGAGACCCGCAUGUCAGAACUCCGAAUCCGGUGGCGAAAGAUAUUUCGACCGGGAGGCUUCUCCGAUGAUGCUGAAUACCAGAACAUUCUACCCGGCGCAGAUCAACCUGCGUCCCUUUCGAAAACCCAACAACAGCCCCAACAGCCACUCGACCAAAUGAGUGUAUUUGACCCCAAUACCUGGCAAAACACGCACUCUGGCAAUCCAAAUAUUGCGAUAUAUUACGAAGGGGGUGAUUCUGGAGCACAGAACAUGGGUGGUCUUUUCCCAGGUGAUAGUAGCCUCGGAAGUCUCUCAAGCAUUGCAUCGCCCGCCAUAUCAGGAACGGCAUCUACACAUAGGAACGACAAUGAUCCUCAAGCACUUGGAGGUACUCGCCUAUCACCAUGGCCAGGUUCAGAUAUGUUUCAACACACACAAGAUGCAGGUGCUUUAGGUGAUAUCGAUGAGCUUUUCCAAAACAGAGCCGGGUCCAAUCGUGGUCUCGACCUAAAUAUGGAUCCUGGCGAAGUUGAUGAUAUUGACUGGCAGAACUGGGAUGAGACUUUAAGGACUUUGAACAGGCCAGCGAUGGAUCAAAUGGGAGCGGGUGCUGGUAGUUGGGGCGGCAUGUGA